AUGGACGCGUCCCCUCCUGCUCAGCCACCAAGCGACGCGUCGCCACCACCACCCCCGCCAACCGGUGCAUCAGGCUCUCCGACAGAUUUUUUGAAGGGAGUUGUCGGCAAACAGGUCGUCGUUCGCCUCACAUCAGGCGUCGACUAUCGCGGUGUCUUGUCAUGCCUUGACGGAUAUAUGAACAUCGCGCUAGAGCAGACGGAGGAGCAUGUCAAUGGACGCGUUACGAAUAGAUAUGGCGACACGUUCAUUCGUGGCAACAAUGUGUUAUAUAUCUCAGCUGCUGAAGCACUGUAA